UAUAAAUAGAUGGUGGUAUGACAAUCUACAAGUGCAUGACCUUAUUUCACAAGAUCAAACUUUAAAAAUGAAAUUUUUAGCGAAUAGUGUAAGGAGAAUAUUAUUUAUCUAUAGACCAAUUUAUCAGUCUACUAGAGCCUUCAGUUUCAGCAACAGUAACAAUAAUGAACAAACCAGGUGGAAUACCUGCAAUAAAAUUCUUAUUAGCUCUGUGAUUGCAGGAUGCCUAGGAUAUUAUGCAUUUGACAAGCAAAGAAAAUACGUUUUUGCAGAGGCCAGCAAAAGUAGCGAUGAAAGUGGAACUGCCGGAAAGUUUAAGGAAGGGCUGCCAUCGUUCUCUUUGAGAGAAAUUAGUGAUCACACUUCUAAGGACACGAAAGUGUGGGUGACGUAUAAAGAAGGUGUGUACGACAUCACGGAUUUUGUGGACAAGCAUCCUGGAGGAGAUCAGAUUCUCAUAGCUGCAGGCAGUUCAGUGGAACCGUUUUGGCUUCUCUAUGGGGUACACGAAAACAAACAUGUUUAUAUGCUAUUGGAAAGUUACCGAAUAGGCAAUCUCAGUAAAGAGGACGUAGGUACCUUGAGUAGUGAUUUGGACGAUCCGUACAGCAAGGAUCCUGUACGUCACCCGGUACUAAAACCUACCAGUGCAAAGCCUUUUAAUGCAGAGAUUCCUCCACCACUGUUAGUAGAAAGCUUUAUAACGCCCAACGAACUUUUUUAUGUGAGAAAUCAUCUCCCGGUACCAGAUAUCGAUCCUAACACGUACGAGUUAGAGGUGGAACUGGAAGGGCGGAAUAAAAGAGUAACUUUCACUUUGGACGAAUUGAAAAAAUUGCCCAAAUGCACCAUAACAGCGGCAAUCAUGUGCGCUGGAAACAGGAGAGGCGACAUGACGAAGGUCAAGCCCGUGAAAGGUCUUAAUUGGGGUCCCGGAGCAGUUGGUAACGCGGUAUGGACAGGUGUACGAUUACGUGACGUCCUUGGGAAAGCCGGCGUUGACGAAGAUGAUGCUCGUUACAAGCAUGUCAAGUUCGAAGGGAUCGAUUUCGAUGUGACCGGCAAUAUGUACGGGGCCUCGAUACCAAUCUGGAAGGCUUUGGACAAACGGGGCGACGUUCUGUUAGCUUACGAGAUGAACGGAGUUCCUAUUCCUAGAGACCACGGAUUUCCGAUUCGCGUGGUCGUCCCAGGCGUCGUGGGUGCGAGAAAUGUCAAAUGGUUAGGUAAAAUUACCGUUUCCGAGAAGGAAAGUGACUCGCAUUGGCAACAGAACGAUUACAAGGGGUUCUCGCCCAGUACGGACUGGGAUACUGUGGAUUUUACCAAAUCGCCGGCCAUCCAGGAGUUACCGGUUAUAUCGGCCAUUUGCCAGCCGUGUAACGGAGACAAUGUCGAGGUUGUCGACGGACAUAUACUCGUGAGAGGGUACGCUUGGUCAGGGGGCGGGCAGAAAAUAGUAAGGGUAGACGUCACCGUCGACGCGGGAAAAACCUGGCACGUCGCCCAUUUCGACGGUCAGGACUCAUCGGAGCCCCCUCAACAUUGGGCCUGGACUUUGUGGUCGAUUCGCAUUCCCGUAGAAAAACAUCUGGAAAGCGUUGAAAUUUGGGCCAAAGCUGUGGACUCUUCUUACAAUACCCAACCGGAGAGUUUCGAGAACAUUUGGAAUUUACGAGGGGUUCUCGGUAACGCUUACCAUCGGGUAAAAGUUAAAUUUUCCCAGUGAUCAUGAAAUAAGAGUAAAUAUUGCAAAUUAAGUUGGUAGUUAUUUGAGAUAUAUGUAAAAAAAUGUGAUACUACUCUGAAAUUUUUGAAUUGUUAAUUUUUUUGAAAAUCGUAAAACAUAAGCAGGCGGCUCAGAAUAAUGGUCACUUAGGCACCACAAUAAUCGAAAUUGUUCAUUAUCCGCUACUUACAUCAGAAUAUUACACACAGGGAACAUCAAAAUUAGGUUAUGUAAUAAAAAUACCCAGUAUGGCAGCUGUAAGGGUCAAUUUUAUGUUUUUUAUUUUUAUUACGUCGUUAAGAUGAAUGAGUCAAACUCUACUUAUAUUUGUACUGGUUUUAAGAAUUAUUAUUGUUUUUUAUUGGUAUUCUACAUAUCUUUACAUUUUUUCACACAAAUUUGUUUAAA